UGAGGAGGCAAAGCGCAAGAAGAAGAUGAAGUGGACGAUCGGCAUCAUCGCCUUCGUCAUCUUCCAGGUAGUCCAGGCGCUCUUCUUUGUCCUCGUUAUCAUGAAGUUCAAGUCCCCAAAGUUCAGGGUGAGCGAGUUCGACAUCCAGUCCCUGACCGCCGGGACUCAAGCCUCACCCUCGUUCGACAUGACCUUCGUCGCCCCGAUCCGUAUCAAGAACACCAACUGGGGUCCCUUCAAGUACGGUGCUUCUACCGUCAACUUCACCUAUGGAGGUGUCCAAGUGGGACAAGCGAUCAUUCCCAAGAGCAAGGCCAACUUCAAGUCUACCAAGAAGAUCGACGCCACCGUGACCUUGAACUCCGUGAACCUGCCUAGUGAUUCGACACUCGGGAGUGAGUUGAGCUCGGGAGUCAUCACGUUGAACAGCCAAGGCGAGCUCAAGGGGAAGGUGACGGUUAUGUUCAUGUUCAAGAAGAACAAGACCUCGCAAAUGAACUGCACUAUGGCCAUUGAUGUAUCCACAAAGGCACUGAAGUCCUUGUCAUGCAGAUAGAGAGUUGAGAGGGUGAUCUCUUGUAUUAGAUUGUUUGUGUGGCCUGCUUAUUUGUUUGCCUCGAAUUCUUUUUGAACUAUGUGUCCUAUCAUUAUUCAUUGGCUUCCGGUCGUGUUGUGUGUAUACUUAGAAUUUGUACAUUUUCUAUUGUAAUUGGAAUGGAGGAUUUUUUUGCUU